AUGGCCGACCAAUCCAUUGCCGUCGAUCCGGACCUAUAUGAAAAUGAUGACAACUCCUACCCAGAUGAUUGGCAGUCGGAAACCACUUCCAUCGGCUCUUCGAUCUAUCGUGGGCUGCUAGAAAAUGGUCGUCGUUGGAUGAUUCGGGCUAAUCCGAGCGAUCGACCAGGUAUCAAUCGCUUCGCAGUGAGGAAUACAUGUACACAUCUGCAAAUUAAACUCCUCUCCUUCUUUCUUUUCUUUGUUUACUUUCGGUCCCUGACAAAGAAUGCAUGCAGCCUACCAUCCGACGAUCAAAUGUUCGAAACCUAUGAGGCCGGCCACCUACUCACCCUCGUCCUCGACUCGGAGAGGAAUAAUCCUCUCUUUCGGUCGCCUAUCGUCAAAAGUCCGAAGCACAUUCUCGAUCUUGGCACUGGCAAAGGUGUCUGGGCCAUCAACCGUUCGCGGGGUCGAUCUUUUCCCACCCCUGUUGCGUGGAUGCCCCCUAACUGCGUUCUGGAAGUUGACGAUGCUCUCCAGCCCUGGACUUGGCGUGAACCAUUUGAUCUGAUCUACAUGCGAAUCAUGAUAGGCUCCUUCAGCGAUCCGGAAUGGAAUCAGAUUUAUAGGCGGUGCUACGACAACCUGCGUCCCGGUGGUUGGAUUGAGCAGGUAGAGGCUAGUCCCGUCAUUACGACUGACGAUGGAAGUAUCCCUGAGGACAGUAUCCUUCAUUCAUGGGGUAUCAACACCAGGGAGGCAGCGAAGAAGAGUGGUCGCGAUCUCGAUGCCAUUGACAAAAUGACCGACUCAAUUCGCAAGGCUGGUUUCGUCGAUAUUCAGGAAAAGGAUUACAAAUGGCCUAUUGGGCCCUGGCCACGCGACAAGAAAUACAAGGAGGCUGGCACCUUGAACGCUCAGCAUUGGCUUUCCGGUAUGGAGGGCUGGUGCAUGUGGCUCCUCACUAAGUUUGGAUCGCCCGUCCCGUGGACUAAGGAGGAAGUUCAGGUCUAUGUGGCCAAUAUGCGCAAAGAGCUCAGGACGCCCCGCUAUCAUGCCUACCAGCGCGCACGACGAGUCUGGGCUCGCAAGCCCUUGCCGAACGAGACGACAGGAAGGGGGAAAGAGACUGAGAAGAAAUAG